CGCCUGGACGCGCCUGUCAUCUGGAGGAAACUCCUCCCCGCAGACAGCGCGUCCUGUCGCCUUUCCAGCGCAAUGGUCUCCUGGAUCAUCUCUAGACUUGUGGUACUUGUGUUUGGUACACUAUAUCCCGCCUACUCAUCUUACAAAGCUGUGAAGUCGAAAGAUGUGAGAGAAUAUGUGAAAUGGAUGAUGUACUGGAUAAUAUUUGCCAUGUUCACCACUGUGGAGGUGUUUACAGAUAUGUUUCUUUGUUGGCUUCCUUUCUAUUAUGAGCUGAAGAUAGCCUUUGUGGUGUGGCUACUGUCCCCUUACACUAAAGGGUCCAGUGUGCUCUACAGGAAGUUUGUACAUCCCACGCUUUCCUCAAAAGAAAAGGAUAUUGAUGACUACAUCUGCCAAGCGAAGGACAAAAGCUAUGACACCCUGGUGCAUUUUGGGAGAAAAGGGCUGAACGUUGCGGCCACAGCUGCAGUCAUGGCUGCAACAAAGAGUCAAGGAGUCCUGUCUGACAGACUGAGGAGUUUCAGCAUGCAGGAUCUGUCUUCCUACCAGUCCGACCCCGACAACACCGACCCUGGCACCACACAGCCGGCACCGACACAGCACCGGAGCAGAUCUAUGACGCGCAGCAAGACAGAGAGCUACAGCAAGGGACAUGAAUUUGACAUGACUGAGUAUGAGGUGUUGGGGUUAGACCAAUUGGAGCCCAAGGAGUUGCCAUCCAAGUCCAUUACACCCUCUGAGUCCCAGACCGAGUCCACAACCCUCACUUCCACACUGACACCCCAGUCCACCCCGCCCUCCACACCCUCUCCACCUCCUACUCCUACUCCUCCAGCUCCGGAGCAGCCCGAGGAGGUAGAGAAGGGGGUGCAGGCGGCAUCGAGCUCUCAGCAGCUCAGGCUGGUUAAGAGGAAGGCUCCUGAGCCACCUCUUAGAGUCUUAAGGCCUCUCACAAGAUCCAGGAGUGCUCUUUCUUCGAACAAUGAAGCCAUGUGAAACUGUCCUCAAGACUACUCCAGCUGCCUUUGCUGCAAGAAGUAAAAAUACUGAAUGGCCAAAAGCUACAUGACUGAAGCAGCCUUGCUUUGGAAUAAGGUAUUACCAAAGUGACCUAUGAUGACCCCUCUAUACACAGUAUAUAGCUCGUGGCUCAUAAUUUAAAAAUUGAGGUUUGUGACACUGAUAUAGAACAAAUGAAUGAAUGGGCUCCAUGCUGAUAGAACAUUUUUAGUUAAUGGGUAAUUGAAUAUGUAUUUAUGUACAGUGUGUGUUUCAUCUUUCUGAUUUGAUUGUUUUUAUAUAUCAGGUUUGGGUAGGCAAUUGCAUGUGUGUCUUCCCAGUCAUUAGUCUGCUGUUAAUGAAACAGAAUGUACUGUCACUGAAUAGUACAGCUGGCAAUGAGAGUGACGCGGUCACUGAUUUGAGAAUGUGUUACGAGCCAAGGAUCAAAAGAAAAGGCACAGCUGUUUUCCACCCUUUUUCAGUCUGUUCUGGAGAAAACACCAGUGAGCAGCUGAAUUCUGCACUGACGAGCUAUGUUACUGAGAAAUUAUCCACAAAACACACCCUACCAUGUAGUAAUGAAAAGUCAGACAGCACUGGCAGAAAUAUUCUGUUAUUUACCUCUCUAUUAAAGCCUUAAUGAAAGAGAUAGCAGAGACAUAGAAAUAGAAACAAAUGUCUCUACACAUGGCGAUAAGUAUUUCAAACAGUAUGUUCUCAUAAAACAAUCAUUUUUGCACUAUGUUAUGAAUAAAAAUUACUGCCCUCAAUACUCUGAAAUGGCCAAAAAAAUGAACAAUAAUCAUGAAUAUUAUCACCAAUAAUAUAAUUAUUGUUUAUUUCUUCUGUGGUUGGGAUAUAACGACUUGUAUAACAAGUGAUAUCAUAUGUAUCACAGAUAAAGAGGUCUCAGUGGAGCCGACUGUUUUGACAAUCUACUGUUCACUUUCUCGGCACGUUUCUUCAUUUAUUUGACAAUUUAAAGCCAAUUAGGAAUGUGUCACGUUCAGCUGUAGCAGAAAUAGGAUAUAAUUUAAAUAUAUGUAAACAUGGGUUCCUUUUCCAUGUUUUAAAAUCACUGUGUAAUAUUCUGCUGUUAACUGAGCAACUCUAAAUCCAACGUUCUUACCUUCUUCUCGCUUCUUCUACUUUUUUUGGAAUUCAUGAGAGUGACUAUAUUGGUUUGCAGGUUUACAAACUCACAUUUAAGUUAAUACUGGGUGACGAUACAGUACACUUGUACGUGUAUAUGUAUGUUUUCAUCCUCAACUUUUCUUCACUGAGCCUGAGCCUCGGCAACAUUUUACACAAACUACUACUGUGUCAGUCGUUGAUGGUUGGACUUGCGCAUUAGAUUCAUCAUUUUCAUCAUUGUAUCUGUAUCAUUCACAGUGGUUUGAAGUUUGAAACAAAAGCUUCUCAGGUACAAAAGUUUCUGUUUACACGUCAUUCACUCUGAUGUUGUAGAUACACUCGUUAUGCACAUGAAAUGA